AUCAGCUGUGCCAUUCGCGCCAAAUUUUUGUUGCACCUUUUAAACUAGCAAAUAAUUUUCUAUAACGAAAUGCAGGCGUUUUUAAAAACUGGCAAAUCCAGCAUCAGUACUACAGAUAAACAAGCAACCAAUGCGCCUAUUGAACGCCGCAAGCCUCCUGCGCCCUGGGUGGAAAAAUACCGCCCAAGAAGCGUUGAUGAUGUAGUGGAGCAAUCAGAGGUGGUGGCCGUACUGCGCAAAUGUGUAGAGGGUGCCGAUUUGCCCAACAUGCUGCUCUACGGCCCGCCUGGCACUGGCAAAACGAGCACGAUUCUUGCAGCGGCUCGUCAAAUAUUUGGCGAUAUGUACCGAGAGCGCAUACUGGAGCUGAAUGCCUCCGAUGAGCGCGGCAUCAAUGUGGUACGCACCAAGAUCAAGAACUUUGCACAGCUUACAGCGAGCAGCGUGCGUCCCGAUGGUCGUCCGUGUCCGCCCUUCAAGAUCAUUGUGCUUGACGAAGCAGAUUCUAUGACGCAUGCGGCACAAGCGGCAUUGCGUCGCACUAUGGAAAAGGAGAGUCGCAGUACUCGUUUCUGUCUCAUCUGCAACUAUGUAUCGCGCAUCAUUGUGCCUAUUACGUCGCGUUGCUCCAAGUUUCGGUUCAAAGCUCUGGGUGAAACACAGAUCAUUACGCGACUGCAGCACAUUUGCUUGCAGGAGAAUGUGAGCAUUGAUCCAGAUGCUUACAAAUCCAUUGUGAAAAUAUCUGGCGGCGAUAUGAGACGUGCUAUAACCACUCUGCAGUCUUGCUAUCGCCUCAAAGGCUCCGAGCACACCAUCAACACAGACGAUCUUCUCGAGAUGUCAGGCAUUAUACCAGAGCAUUUUCUGGAAGACUACCUGGAGGUCUGUCGAUCGGGAAAAUAUGAGCGUUUGGAGCAUUUUGUACGUGAGAUUGGUUACUCGGCUUAUAGCAUUGGCCAAAUGAUGGACCAGUUCGUGGAAUUUAUUGUGCGCUGCGGCUCGCUAACUGACAAACAGAAAGCCAUCAUAUGCGAUAAGCUGGGCGAAUGCUGCUAUCGUCUACAGGAUGGCGGCUCUGAAUAUUUGCAAAUCAUGGAUCUUGGCUGUACCAUCAUUCUGGCUCUUAAAUAAAGUCCCUAAUACACUUACACAAUCAUUCUCAUUUAAGCAUUAAGCAUUAAACACUAAGAUAACUCCUAGAGUAAACUGUUUAAGACUAAAAAUUGUUCAGUUACAUUGAACAAAUUGAGCAACUACAGUUUAUUAAACACUGAUACACAUUUAAAAAGAAUAUUC